CUUUCGGUUUGAGAAACGUGGUGAGUGAAAAUAUGCAUUUCUUUUCUUUAUGUUUUCUUCGUGAAAAUCCCUGAAAAUCCUUCUGAAAAGUGUGAAAAUCUCUCAAGGAGGAGUUAAAGUUCCCCCCAAGUGUGGAGGAUUAGCUGGGAGAUGGGAUUUUCAGGGAGAAAUUGAAGAUUGAGUACCCAGAGAAAAUGGGACGUGUAAUUCGUGCACAACGUAAAGGAGCGGGAUCUGUGUUUAUUGCACACACCGCAAAGCGAAAGGGGCCCGCUAAGUUCCGUCAGUUGGACUUCUCGGAGCGACAUGGCUACCUCAAGGGAGUCGUGAAGGAUAUUGUCCACGAUCCUGGUCGUGGUGCCCCAUUGGCCAUCGUGCACUUCCGCGAUCCCUAUCGCUACAAGAUCAGGAAGGAGCUCUUCAUCGCCGCCGAGGGUAUGUACACCGGACAGUUCGUGUACUGCGGCCGCAAGGCUAAUUUGCAGAUUGGAAACGUGAUGCCCGUGGGUCAGAUGCCCGAAGGUACCAUUGUGUGCAAUCUGGAGGAGAAGACCGGCGAUCGUGGCCGUCUGGCACGCACGUCCGGAAACUACGCCACCGUGAUUGCCCACAAUCCGGACACGAAGAAGACCCGUGUGAAGCUCCCAAGUGGCACCAAGAAGGUCCUCUCGUCCGCCAAUCGCGCCAUGGUGGGUGUUGUGGCAGGUGGCGGAAGGAUCGACAAGCCCAUCCUCAAGGCUGGCCGUGCGUACCACAAGUACAAGGUGAAGAGGAACUCCUGGCCCAAGGUUCGUGGUGUUGCCAUGAAUCCCGUUGAGCAUCCCCACGGUGGUGGUAAUCAUCAGCACAUCGGUAAGGCGUCCACCGUCAAGCGAGGCACCUCCGCUGGUCGCAAGGUCGGUCUCAUCGCUGCCCGGCGUACCGGAAGAAUUCGCGGUGGUAAGGGAGAUGAGAAGAAGGACACCGGCAAGUAAAUGCAUCUUCUUCGUCAAUAAAAUUCCCUACGAAAAUUUUAA